AUGAUUCUUCGAGGGGCUGAUCCAAGUUGGGCUGAAUCAAAAAGACAAUUAGGUGAACAAGAUUUUAUUAAACAACUUAUAAAUUUCGAUAAAGACAAUAUUAGUGAUAAAACUUUGAAAAAAAUUGGUCAGUAUUGCUCACAAGAUGAUUUUCAACCUGAUGUAGUUGGUAAAGUUUCAAGUGCAGCGAAAUCGUUAUGUAUGUGGAGUUGUGAACCAAAGCGUCAGAGACUUAAACAAGCUGAAGAAGUAUUACAUGAGAAACAAGCACAAUUAGCAGCUGCACAAGCUAAACUUGAUGAAGUAAAUGCUGAAAUGCGCCGUUUACAACAAGAAUAUAAUGAAAAGAUGGAACAAAAAGAAGAGUUACGUAAAAAAGCUGAACACACGGAGAAAAUGUUAGACAGAGCUAGUAAAUUAGUCAGUGGUUUAGCUGGUGAGAAACUACGAUGGGAAGCUAGUGUUGCUGAUCUAUUACGUAAAAUUGAUCUAUUACCUGGUGAUUGUUUAUUAGCUUCCGCUUUCUUAUCUUAUAUGGGUCCAUUUUUAAGUGAAUAUCGUGAGAAGUUAAUUAAAAAUUGGUUGGAAUUAAUUAGAACUGAGAGUGUACCAGUAACUGAUCCAUUUGUCUUUACUGAAUUUUUAGCUGAUCCAACACAAGUUAGAGAAUGGAAUAUACAAGGAUUACCACGUGAUACAUUUUCAGUUGAAAAUGGUGUAAUUGUAACGCGAGGUAAUAGGUGGCCAUUAAUGGUUGAUCCACAAAAUCAAGCUUUAAAAUGGAUUAAAUCAAUGGAAGGCAAAGAAUUACGAAUAAUUGACUUACAAACACCGGAUUAUAUGCGUACAUUAGAAAUUGCUGUACAACAUGGUCAACCAGUUUUAUUGCAAAAUGUUCAUGAACAAUUAGAUCAGGCUUUAGAUCCAUUAUUAACUAAAUCACUGAUUAAAGUUGGCGGUACAUUAUUAAUGAAAUUGGGUGAUAAAGAAAUUGAAUAUAAUGAUAAGUUUAGACUUUAUAUCACCACUAAACUACCUAAUCCUCAUUAUACACCAGAAAUAUCCUCUAAAGCGUUAAUUGUAAAUUUUGCUGUAAAACAACAAGGAUUAGAAGCACAACUGCUUGGUAUUGUAGUACGUAAAGAACGUCCUGAAUUAGAAGAGCAAAAAGAUAAUUUAGUCAUAGGGAUUGCAGCUGGUAAACGUAAACUUACAGAAUUAGAAGAUGAAAUUUUAAGACUGUUAAAUGAAGCACAAGGAUCUUUAUUGGAUGAUGAACAACUUGUAAAUACUUUGCAAACAUCGAAAGUUACAUCAUCUGAAGUCACUGAACAAUUGAAUGUUGCUGAAAAAACUGAAAUACAAAUUGACAAAGCUCGUGAAGGUUAUCGUCCAUCUGCACAACGUUCUUCAAUUUUAUUCUUUGUAUUGAAUGAUAUGAGUCGAAUAGAUCCCAUGUAUCAAUUUUCUUUAGAAGCAUACAUUGAUUUAUUCACUUUAAGCAUUGAUAAAAGCCCAAAAUCAACAAAAUUAGAUGAUCGUAUCACAAAUUUAAAUGACUAUCACACUUAUGCUGUGUAUCGUUACACAUGUCGUGGUUUAUUUGAACGACAUAAACUACUAUUUUCAUUUCAUAUUUGCUUAAAAAUACUUGAGUCAGCUGGUAAAGUUAAUGAAGAUGAAUAUAAUUUUUUUCUACGUGGUGGUGUUGUAUUAGAUCGUGAAAAUCAAUUUGAUAACCCAUGUACAACAUGGUGUACAGAACAAUGUUGGGAUAAUAUUACAGAAUUAGAUAAAUUAGCUAGUUUUCAUGGUAUUGUUACAUCAUUUGAACAAUAUUCAAGAGAUUGGAAUUUAUGGUAUACAUCAGCUGAACCAGAAAAUAGUUCUUUACCUGGUGAAUGGGAUAAUACAAUAAAUGAAUUUCAACGUAUGCUUAUUGUACGUUCAUUAAGACCAGAUCGUGUAUCGUUUUGUGCAACACGUUUUAUUGUAAAUAAUUUAGGUAGUCGAUUUGUUGAACCCCCUGUUUUGGAUAUGAAACAAGUAGUUGAUGAUAGUUCAACUAGAACACCAUUAAUAUUUGUAUUAUCACCAGGUGUUGAUCCUACAGCUGGUCUAUUACAACUAGCUGAUAAUUGUGGUAUGAGUAAGAAAUUCCAUGCGUUAUCAUUAGGUCAAGGUCAAUCACCGAUUGCUACACGAUUAAUUAAAGAAGGUAUACGUGAAGGAAAUUGGAUAUUUCUUGCUAAUUGUCAUCUUUCAUUAUCAUGGAUGCCAGCAUUGGAUAAAAUUGUUGAACAAUUGGGUAUGGAAGAAAUACAUACUGAUUUUCGUUUAUGGCUUUCAUCAAGUCCAAACCCAGCUUUUCCUAUUUCAAUUCUACAAGCUGGUAUUAAAAUGACUACAGAACCGCCAAAAGGUUUACGUUCAAAUAUGAAACGGCUUUAUCAUCUUAUUAAAGAAGAUCAAUUUUCCUUAUGUCAGAAACCAGAGAAAUAUAAAAAACUCCUAUUUUCAUUGUGCUAUUUUCAUUCAGUAUUAUUGGAACGCAAAAAGUUCCUUAUGCUCGGUUGGAAUAUUCCAUAUGAAUUUAAUGAUUCUGAUUUUGAAGUAUCUGAACAUUUGUUAACAAAUUAUUUAGGCCAAUAUGAUGAAACUCCAUGGGAUGCAUUACGCUAUUUAAUUGCUGAUAUUAAUUAUGGUGGCCAUGUUACUGAUGAUUGGGAUCGUCGUUUAUUAAAUACGUACAUUAGUGAUUAUUUUAGAGAUGAAGUAUUGAAAGAACCAUUUUAUAAACUAUCGUCACAGCCAUAUUAUUAUAUACCAAGAGAUGGUACAUUAAAUGCUUAUCGUGAAUUUGUUACACUUUUACCACAAAUUGAUCAUCCAGAAGCAUUUGGUCAACAUCCUAAUGCAGAUAUCACAUCACAAAUUCAAGAGACACGAGUUCUUCUAGAUACAUUGCUUUCAUUGCAACCUCAAGUAUCACAAGGUACAGGUGUUUCACGUGAAGAAAAAGUUCUUGACUUAAUUGAUAAUUUACAAAAGCAGUUGCCUGGAGAUAUUGAUUUUGAAGGUACUAUGAAAAUGUUUGCAACAGAUCACUCACCAUUAGUGGUUGUUCUACUGCAAGAAAUACAACGUUACAAUCACCUUCUUGGUUUAAUACGCAAUCAACUAUCAGAUUUAAGUAAGGGUAUUCAAGGCUUGGUUGUAAUGUCAUCAGAACUCGAACAGAUAUUCACUUCAAUUUUUGACGGACAUGUUCCAAAACAAUGGAGCAAGACAUAUUCUUCACUAAAACCUUUAGGUUCAUGGGCAAGAGAUUUAGCAGCACGUGUUGAAUUAUUCGCUAAAUGGGCUAGUACAACACAUCCACCAAAAUUAUUUUGGAUUGGUGCAUUCACUUUUCCAACAGGUUUUCUUACAGCAGUUCUACAAACAUCAGCAAGAAAAAAUAAUAUUUCUGUAGAUAGUUUAAGUUGGGAAUUCAAUGUACUUGCUACAAGUGAUCCUAAUGUUUUAGUCACUCCAAAAGAUGGUGUCUAUAUAAGUAAUUUAUAUUUACAAGGAGCUGGAUGGGAUAGAAAAAAUUAUUGCUUAAUUGAAGCUGCACCAAUGGAAUUAGUAUGUCCAAUGCCUGGUGUACAUUUUAAACCAGUAGAAAAUAAAAAGAAAUCAUCUAAAAAUAUUUAUGUAGCUCCAUGUUAUUAUUAUCCGAAUCGAGCUGGUACAACAGACAGACCUUCAUUUAUGCUUGGAGUAGAACUAAAAACCGGUGAAAAACCACCUGAACAUUGGACUAAACGAAGUACUGCACUUCUGAUGAACUUGGACGUCUAA